AUGCUGAAAGGUCUUACCCUGGGCAACAGGAGAUGCCCUUUUCUCUUUACACUAGAUCCAAGCAAGGCUGCAGCUCCCCAGCUGCGUUUCUCCAGCUCCCUGGAUCCUUCACACAGGUUCAAUCUCCACUGGGACCAUGUUGAACAGGAGGAACUGAUGAUGUUUGAGCUGCAGGUCCAUACAACUGGCUGGGUAGCGUUUGGAUUCAGGCCUCAUGGAGAGUUGCCUGGAUCUGACAUCGUGAUAGGAGGUGUCUUCCCAAAUGGCAGCAUCUACUUCUCUUUUGCUAUUCCAGUUGAAAAAACCAAGCAUUCCUGUACUUUUAUCCCACUGCCCAUGGUCAAGCAGAAACACCAUAUCUACAAGUUUGAACCUGUGAUAACUCCCCACAACAUAACUUUGGUUCAUCACAUUCUUGUUUAUGCCUGUGGCAAUGCCAGCCUGCUACCCAGUGGCACAGGUGAUUGCUCUGGACCCAAUCCAGAUUUUGCCCUGUGCUCUCAGGUGCUUGUAGGCUGGGCUGUGGGAGGAGAGUCUUACCAAUAUCCAGAUGAAGCUGCAACUUCCAUAGGGUCACAUUGGGACCCCCAGUAUGUCCGACUAGAAAUCCACUACAGUAAUUUCGACUUGUUACCAGGUGGGUAAUGCUGGGUCAUUGUCUGAUUAAAAAAUAUUCAGGGGUAUGAAUCACCAGAGCUACGGAAAUAUGAUGUGGGGAUUCUGCAAACAGGUGUCUUCAUUUUCCCUGUGCAUUUCAUUCCCCCUGGAGCAGAAUCCUACAGAUCUUAUGGACUUUGCAAUUCCAGCCAGUUUGAUGAAAUGAAUGGGAUGCUGGUUCCAGAUCUGCAUGUUUUUGGCUAUUUGCUUCACACCCACCUGUCUGGCAGAGGACUCAAAGUUGUUCAAUACCGGAAUGGUGAGCAGCUGGGGGUCAUCUAUGAGGACAGCAAGUAUGACUUCACAUUACAGGAGAUUCGGGAAGUGAAGGAACUCCUGAUAAUCAAGGUGGGGGAUGAGAUCCUGGUUGAAUGCAACUUCCAGACACUGGAUCGGUCGGGGAUUACUUUUGGUGGGCUAAGCACAAUGAAUGAGAUGUGCCUCGCAUUCCUCUUCUACUACCCUCGUAACAACAUCUCCAGCUGUAUGGGCUACCCUGACAUCUUGUAUAUUGCACAUGGACUCAACCAGAAGGUCUCAGAUCCAGUGGAAGGAUUGAUGGCCAUGAACCUUGUUGACUGGGACAAUGAGACUGUCACUGACUGA